AUGGAAUCUGGGGAAUUGGUCGAAGCAUUUUCUUUGCUCUCGCCAAGCACUAUCCUGGUAGGCUUCAUCGCGAUUCUCUUCCUGCUCACCCAAGCAUGGCCCUAUCUAUCGCGCCAAAACCAGGUCCAAGGAUCCAGUGCUUUAGCGCCUACAAACUCUGAGCGUAGCUCCCAAAUAUCCGUUUCUAAGGAGCCCGAUGUCCCAGAAGGAUGGUGGUCCGGCCACGACGCCUUCGAGCUGGAACGACGCGCCAUCUUCAGCAAGACUUGGAUCUACCUCGCCCAUCGCUCCCAGCUCACCAAGGCCGGAGCCUAUCAGUCUUUCGACAUUGCGGGCUUCCCCAUCUUCUUAAUCCGCGGCAAAGAUGACAAGAUCCGGGCGUUCCACAAUGUUUGCCGCCAUCGUGCAUACACAAUCACCCGCAAGGAAUCUGGAGCAACAACCGUACUUGGAUGUCGAUAUCAUGGCUGGAGCUACGAUACUCGCGGGCACUUGGUCAAGGCACCGCAGUUUGAUGACGUGCCUGGGUUUGAUAAGUCGCAAAACGGACUCUUUGAGAUCCACGCACAUACCACCGAGCACGGCUGGGUCUUUGUUAACCUCGACGCCGGAGAACCGAGUCCAUUCAACAGUUCUACGUCGUCUUCAUUGAGAAAGUUUGCAAACGCUGCUAGAUUGUCCUCCCGAGACACAUGGGUUACUGGACAGACCUUGCGGGGGGCCUUUAAUUGGAAAUUGGGUCUGAGUCCUCGUCACAAUGAGGUUCUGAAAACUACAUUGGAGGAACGAGCAUCUGAGGUAUUGGCGCCUUCUAUGGUCACCAGGGCUGCCAGAAUUAUCACACAAAAGCGCGGCUCGCACGAGUGCUUACUCUCCCCGGGCACUCUGAUUUAUUCCUUUGAGAACGUAGGGAUAUGGCUUGCCUUGACAUUCCUUCCGUCGUCCGCCACAACCACACAGGUUCGCUAUGACCUAUUCAAGUCCUCAGACUGCAAUGCAGCAGAGUUAUCGAAGGCUCUAGAAGAUACAGUGCGGAAUCUCACACAGCAGAUCGAGUCUGAAUUCCAGUCCCUCGCUGAGACACCAGGGUCUACAAAUCAACUAUCAGGAGAGAUCGACUGGAAUACUACAGGUACUCCACGCCUUGUUCUGGAUCGGAUCCAAGAACACGCAAAACUAGAAAAAAAGCGAGGAGCCCAAAUAUCCCCUGCAAUGCGUCAACCCAAAGCGAGCUCGCUUUUCCAGAAAGCUGAACAAGUGUGCAAGGAGUUGGACUGUAUCGGCGGUGGUUCGCAGAACGCAACGCUACCUUCGGGUAGCCUGGCAUGGUAG